AUGAAAAUAGUGCAAAAUACCAGCAAACCAAAAAAAGAUGGCGUUGAACGCGACAUCACAGACAUGGCGAUGGGCGGCAUAUCAGCUAUGUUCGCAACCCUUUUCACCAACCCUAUUGAAGUAGUGAAGACUCGUCUGCAAUUGCAAGGGGAACUCGCUGCUCGAGGCAAUCAUUCUGUGUUUUACAAAAACGUGCCGCACGGGUUAUUUGUUAUUGCCAGAAAUGAGGGGCUCGUAGCUUUGCAGAGUGGAUUACCAGCAAUGCUUGGAUUUCAAUUUUUCUUGAACACAUUCAGAUUGGGCGUGUACCGUAUAUCGGAACGUAGAGGCUUUAUCACUGGACCAGAUGGCCGUAUAUCGGCGUUGCGUGGAGCCGUGGCGGCGGGGCUUGGUGGAGCACUGGGCUCUAUAGCGGGAACACCGUUCUUUCUAGUGAAGACCAGGCUGCAAGCUCAAGCUGCUAAAGCCAUAGCCGUAGGGCAUCAGCACAAACAUAGUGGGAUGCUUAAUGCACUUUCCGACAUCUACAAGAAUGAGGGAGUUAAAGGUCUUUUCCGUGGUGUUCACCCGCAGAUCCCGCGUGGGGCUGUGGGCAGCAGUUCACAGAUGGUGAGCUUCGGGCACGCGAAGCAGUGGCUGCGGGACUGUGGGAUCUAUGCCAACUCACCGCUUAUGCUGUCGUUCCUCGGCGCCAACCUUGGCGGAAUCGUUAUGACCAUUUGUCUCAAUCCCUUCGACGUGAUGGCUACAAGGCUUUCUAAUCAACCGCUUGAUAACAACAACAGAGGCAAGUUAUACCGCGGCAUGGCUGAUUGCUUCCUCAAAAUGUUAAGAUCUGAAGGAGCAAGUGCAUUUUAUAAGGGAGUCGGUGCUAAUUAUCUACGCUUGGGACCGCAUACAGUUUUGUUGUUGGUAUGUUGGGAUCAACUUAAAAUUUUGGAGGAAUAUCUAAGAAGGUGA